UCGCAGUCAUCAUCAUCUUUCAAAGUGGGAGAUAGAGUUUGGGUGAAUGGAGCAAAGUCAGGAAUUGUUGCUUUCAUCGGGGACACAAAAUUUGCCCCAGGGGAAUGGGUGGGAGUGCACCUGGACUUGCCUGAUGGUAAAAAUGAUGGAAGUGUGGGUGGGGUGAGAUAUUUCACAUGUGAACCUCUCAGAGGUGUCUUCUCAAAAGCUGCUAAGCUAACCACCCAACCUACCGGC